GCCAUUCGCCCCUACUGGUCCGCCUGAAAUCUACUGCGUGGAAGCUUUCCCUCCGAAAUUCCUAACUGGGGUCUGGUAUAGACCUUCAUCUUCCGUUCACGCAAUCCGGCGAGGAUAAUCUUUUUCGGCGCAAGAAUUCUCAACGAGACCGGGUGACUCAAGCUCAUAGAACUAGGUCUUUUUGGGACCUGGCCAUGGCCGGGAUGAUGGCAGCAAUUUCCAGAGAGAAAGUGGCAGGUCUUCUGAUCUCGUCCAAGCGCGCUGCAGCCAUUCCGUCGAAGAUGGGCUUCUUGCGCCGUCUCAAGGAUGAGCUCUCUGACGCUGACUCCGUCUUGCUCUCAGAGACCCUCCCUCUUAUCCUUGACUUCGUCUCCGAUCGAUUUAGUCCAGCUCGCAAGCUCAUAGUAGAGAUGCUAGCUCCUAUUGGAAUCAAGCACAUUGAAUUGUUACCUGAAAUUAUGCCUUUACUGAUUACUUCCCUCAAGGACGACACACCUGCUGUUGCUCGACAGUCUAUUAUAUGCGGUAUUGAGAUAUUUCGUUCUCUGCUGUUUAAAGUUGCUGUUCAGGGCUUGCAUUCAAGUGAAUUGGAUGAUUCACUCGACUCUUCUUGGGAAUGGGUACAGAAGUUUAUGGAUGAAAUAUAUGCUUUGGCAUUUCAGCCAGAAAUUGAUGGAAGAAGUUUACUAGCAAUAAAGUUUGUGGAAUCUGUUAUUCUACAUUACACGCCCAAUCCGAAUGUCAGCUCAGAGCCACCCUCUAAUAUAAGUGCUGAAGGAAGUUUUGAAGAAUUUAAUGUAUCAUGGCUUCGUGGAGGGCAUCCAAUACUCAGUGUUGGAGAGUUAUCAGCUAAAGCAAGUAAUAGUUUGAGCUUACUACUUGAUCAGUUAAGAUUUCCAGCCAUAAAGUCACUAAGUUACUUGAUGAUCAUUGUGGUCAUCAACAGCCUUUCAGCAAUUGCUACAAAAAGGCCUGCUUUCUAUGGCCGUAUCCUUCCUGUUUUAAUGGGGCUAGAUCCUUCAACAUCUGAUAUUAAUGGGAAGCGUGUUUAUGCGGUGCAUCAUUCUCUGAAGAAUGCAUUCCUAUCAUGCUUAAAUUGUACACAUCCUGGUUCUGCUCCGUGGAGGGACCGAUUGAUUGGUGCACUAAGAGAAAUGGAACCUGGAGGACUGACCAACCAAGGCGCACAUCAGGUUUUCCAGACCAAUGGGAAUGCUGAGCUAAAGAAUGAAGUAUGUGACUUGGAGGAUGCCAAAUCGUCAAUUAAAACGGUGGAUACUGGUUGUGGCAUUUCUGGGACAAAAAGACAAGGGGUUGAAGCUAUUGCCAAUUCAGUUGAUGUUGAUGAUGAGAUGCCUCGAAAACGUCCAAAACACGUUCCUGCUGUUAAUGAAGGGAAAGUGGAAUUAGAUGUUCAAAGGGAUAACCGUUCUUCGAGUGAGCCAACUACAUCUAGAACAGAUAGUGAUAACAAUGCGGUGCAGCAACUCGUUGCAAUGUUUAGUGCAUUAGUUGCAAAGGGUGAAAAGGCCAUGCCAUCUCUAGAAAUUCUUAUCUCAAGUAUAUCAGCUGACUUGCUAGCUGAAGUUGUGAUGGCCAACAUGCAAAAUGUCCCCCAAAAGCGGCUCAAUUCUGAAGUAGAAGAUGAACUUUUAACGGCAAAUUCACAUCUUGGUGCCAGUACCCUUGGAACUGGCUUAAGACAAUUGUCCUUAUUGCUAUCUGACAUCCUUUUACGGCCCAACACAUUGCAACUGAAUGAUGGUGCUCUAGAUGCUCAAUUAUCUUGUGCGCUUGAGCAAUCUGGAAGGGGAGAGGAGCAAUCAUUGAUUAUUCGUCAGUGUAUGGAUGCUGCGGCAUCAGAUUCCCAAGAUAUUGCAAGUGAUCUAGCUCAAACACCUAUUUCUAUUUCUGAAGGAAUUCCUUCAACCAUGGAGAAAAUUUCAGUGAUUGCAUCUGAAGUUGCUGACAUUAGGGGUGUGGAGAAUCCAAUACCUGGCAUAGAUUCUUCUCUUUCUAAGAAUGACGGAUUAGCAGGUAUAGUUGUUCCUUUGCCAGCUUCCACCGACCUGGAUGAGGUCAAUCAAAAGCAAGUUUCUGGUCUAGCAAGGCCACAGUUAGAAGUUCUUCUGUCUUUUUCAACCGAUAAAUCUGAGGAGCUUAGUCCCAAAACAGCAUCAACAGAUGCUACCAGCAUCCACCUGUCCACAGCAACCUCUAUUGGACGGUCUCCGCAGUUGGUGCUUCCGGUGAUGUCUGCACCUGUUGUGCGACUAUCUGAUGAACAAAGAGACAAUUUACAAAAGUCAGUUUUGAUGCGUGUAAUCGAUGCUUACAAGCAAGUAGCAGUUGCAGGAGGCUCUCAAGCUCGUUUGUCUAUUCUUGCUCAUUUAGCAGUUAAGCUUCCCUCAGAUUUAGAUGCAUGGAAAAUGCUGCAGGUGCACAUAUUGUCAGAUUAUGUGAACCAUGAGGGGCACGAGUUGACAUUACGUGUCCUCUACAGGUUAUAUGGCCAAGCAGAAGAGGAUCAAGAUUUUUUUUCAUCAACAGCUGCAGAGUCUGCUUAUGAAAUGUUCCUUCUUACAGUGGCAGAAACACUUAGGGAUUCUUUUCCAGCCUCUGAUAAAUGUUUAAGUAGAUUGCUUGGUGAUGCUCCACAUCUACCAGACUCUAUCUUCAAUUUGUUAGAGUGUUUGUGUUGUCCUGGUAGUAGUGAUAGUAAUGAGAAGGAGUUAUACAGUGGAGAUCGAGUAACACAAGGCCUCAGUGCUGCGUGGAGCCUAAUUUUACUGAGACCUCCGAUUCGGAGUACAUCCCUUAAUAUUGUUCUACAGAGUACUACACAUCACCUUGAAGAAGUGCGUAUGAAGGCAAUACGGCUGGUUGCAAAUAGGCUUUACCCUUUACCAUCCAUCUCUCAACAAAUAGAAGCUUUCGCAAAUGACAAGCUAUUAUCAGUCCUAAAUGUCAAUCAGAAAACAAGUUCAAAUGAUGGUGGGUCUAAUAUUGACUUACGACAGGAUUCUAAUUUGGAUAGAAGUAUAAAUGAACAGCCAUCUACUUCUGCUGAGACAAAAGAGAUAUCGUCUGACAUGCACCAGUCACCCAUUUCUGGCCAUGCCUCCGUAGCUGAAGUUCAGCGUUCCAUGUCACUGUAUUUUGCAUUGUGUACAAAGAAACACCUCCUUUUUCGGCAAAUAUUCACCAUUUAUAAAAGCGGAUCCAAGGCAGUGAAACAGGCAGUUGAUGCUCAAAUGCCAAUGUUGGUUAGGACUAUUGGCUCAUCACCUGUACUUCUUGAAAUCAUAUCUGAUCCACCAUCUGGAAGUGAGGAACUCUUGAUUCAGGUUCUUCGUAUCUUGAUUGAGGGGAUAGUCCCAUCUCAUGUGCUAAUAGCUCUAGUUAGGAAGUUACAUGAGACAAAAUUGAAGGAUGUUGAAAUUCUUCUCCCUGUGUUGCCUUUCAUGUCAAAAGAAGAGGUCCUGCCCAUCUUCCCACAUCUUGUUAAUGCACCACUAGAUAAAUUUCAAGCAGCUCUCUCUUGCCUUCUGGAGGAAUCACCUCGCUCUAGUCCAGUACUGACUCCUGCAGAAGCUUUAAUUGCUAUCCAUGGAAUUGAUCCUGAUAGAGAUAACAUUCCCUUGAAGAAGGUAACGGAUGCUUGUAAUGCUUGCUUUGACCAGCGACAGAUGUUUACCCAGCAAGUUGUUGCAAAAGUGUUGAACCAACUGGUUGAACACAUUCCUCCUCCUUUGUUAUUUAUGAGAACAGUAUUACAGGCUAUUGGUGCUUUCCCUUCUCUGGUUGACUUUAUAAUGGAGAUACUCUCCCGCCUUGUAAGCAAACAGAUUUGGAAAUAUCCGAAGUUAUGGGUAGGAUUUGUUAAAUGCGCCCAGCUGACGAAACCACAGUCUUUCAGUGUUCUGCUUCAGCUACCUGCUGGACAACUUGAAAAUGCAUUAAAUAAAGUGGGUGCACUCAGAGGUGGGUUGGUUGCGCAUGCUAGCCAACCACACAUAAAAUCAUCGCUUCCGAGGUCGGUAUUGGCGGUUCUUGGGAUUGCAUCUGAUUCUCAAAGUUCAAGCCAGGCACAACCACCUCCCCAACCUCCAUCAGAUAAUAAUAACAACAAUAGCAAUACUAGUAAUCUCGAUGAUGAUAGUAAUAAUAAUAAAGAGGCAGUAGCAGAAUCAUCUGUGGCAAGUUAGGUAGGAAUUUGAUGGCUCGUGUGCUCUGGAUUCUCAUUGAAAAGCAUUAAUACUAACUUUGUCAUUCCAGAAUAGACACAGAAUGCCAAUCUCAUAUGAUACCAUUUAUAUAUGCUGUUAUUUUUCAUGCGUUUGAUUAAUUUUUGGUGUUGUAAGCUGUAACAUUUACUCUAUGCUCGGACCAUCUAGUGUCAACUUUGGGUAGCCCCCUGCCGUAUUCCAACUUUAUUGGUUAUCCGGAAGGCGUUCCAACUUCAAAUUGGGUUAUCCUGACCAUACUAUAUGGCCAAAUGUUUUCCAACUUCAAAUUGGUUGUAAUAAUAAUGGGUUUGAUCACUUUGAUGAUAA